AUGACAUCCAUCACCAAUGUUGCGCGCCGCUCUAUCCCGGAGCGGUCCAUCCGAAUUCUCGUCUCUCCCACGCCGAUAACUUUUGCAGAGCGACGCUCAAUUUUGCAGGUCCUGGAGCAAUACGGACCUGUUGAGGUCUUCAAGAUGACACCGGGCUAUCAAUCAAACUUUAUAUCACUCACCAAGGAAGCCAGCACAGCAACUAAACUGGUCGAAUGCAGCCCGCUCACCUAUCAGGUCCCCGCACAGAGCGUAAACACGAAUGUACAUGUCGCCGACCUAGACGAUGCGGAGAGUUUGCAUGGCUUCAAACUGGACAAGCCAUCUAUGACAGCUGCAUCAGACUCGGACCAGCCCGCCCCAGUCACAGAGGAUAGUCUAGCAUUGCACGACGAGCCACACCGUCAAGACGAACGACAGUUCAAACUAGAAAUAUUUCCAGCCCCCGAUUACAAUCACAAGUUUACCAUGCUAGGGUCACCACUCCACCAAUCCUGGCCGGAAGCCUAUCGGAAGGACAAGUCAUUUCUGGCGGUUACUCUGAAGCAGAGUCUGCCUAAGACCAUGAUGUCAAAGGGCCUGGCACACUGGCUUUUCGAUGUGGGCAACCAAGCAUCUCAAUCAGGGCGCAAAGCAGAGAGGCUGCAGUUGAAAGGCUGGAUGCCCAGUAAAAUGAAGGGCUGA